AUUUUCGCAGCAAGAGCCAAGCCGUCUCUGCAAAAGUAGUCUGCGCCGUCCCCCCGUACCGCAUUCGGAGACCGACUUUCCGCGUGCGUCGAAAACCGGAGACAAACGGGCGGGCUUCCCUGCGAACCUCGGCGACAGUGCCUUCUUCUCUGGCUCGGCGACUGGUGGCCAAAGAUACCUCUUUUGAAUUUUUUCGCCCGCGAAAAAUUCAACACACACGGAUCUGCAGGGCAGUUUCCCCUGGCGUACAACAGGUGUCGGGGUCCCACUGUGGCGCCGCUGGCGUGCUUUACCCGCGGAAAAGUUGCGAAGUUGCGAAGAGUCUGCUCGCUUUGGCGUGCCGGUUUCCAUGCUGUUCUUCGUUCCCGGAUUCAACACCAUCUCACAAGCUUCAGUACGCGUUCGAGCGUGUAGAACUGGCACCACAAACCUGAAGGUCUAGGCCGCAAUUCGCAGCGGGCGACGGCUGGUCCAGUUCGCCGCCCUGAAACCCCGGAUUCCUCCGUUUUUCCUCCGUCUCGAACACACGCUUUCUCUCCUCUCUCUCCUGAGCGAAGAGUUCUGCGUUUUCCACCCCCAAACUUCGCGAAAAUGGCCCUCAACAGAGUGCCCUCCCGCGUACUGCCGUUCGCGGUGUCUGGGGUGUAUGUACACCCCAGAAACGCCUGCCGGCUGCCUGCCGCGGCCGCCGUGUCGUCAGUUCCGUCUUCUGUCUCUGCUUUUUCCUCGCGGACAAAUUUUCUUUCGCGCUCCUCAUCGGCUGUGAUGUCGCACCCUUGCGCCGCUACCGCCCGCCACUUUUCUUUCGCGAUUCCUCCGGCCAACGCCGCAGCGCUCGCGGACCCUCUCCCGGCGACGCCCACCCCGCCGCCAGUGUUUGAGGCUGUUUCGUCUGCCUCUUCCGGAAUCGCGAGUGGGACUAACGCCCUGAAAAACGUCGAAGAAGUCUCCACCAUGGAGCGCUACGAAGCCGCGGUGUACGAGGAAAGCUUUAAGAAGCCCAUCGUCUGUCUGUUUUUCGCACGCUUCUCCCUCCAGAGCAAAGUCCUCCUCCAGCCCUUCCUCGACUUCGCCGCGAGCGCGAGCAACAACGCCACUUUCUUCCUCAUCGACUGCGACCGCGUCCCCAGAGCUGCAUACCACGCUCGAGUCGAAAACGUUCCCAGCCUCGUUGUGAUGAAAGGCGACGACGCGUUCCGUCAGACCAUCACUGACUCGGUCGGCGUCAAGACAGCCGGAGAUUUGAUUCAAGAGGCGCGGAGCGCUCUGGACCAAGUGCUUCGCUUGGAUCAGCAGGAGGGCGGCACGAAGCUGCAGCCCGGAGUGAGUUCGUACACGCACCACAUCGGCGUCGACAACUUGAAUGUGUAUCGCAAGGGCUGGCCUGUCGCUUGAGAGAGAGAAGUUUGAGUUUUCUUCGCUCCUCUCUGUCGGGAAAACGUUGGAACUCGCGAAAAGGCUCUACCGAGGAAAAAGUGGUCCACAAGUCCGACGCCUGUGCGCAACUCACUCGCGCGAGUGUCGCAGGCCUCGAACUUGUUCGCUGGGCUGUCGCUGCGUGUACAUACACCUGGGAUAGGGUGCUCACUCUUUUCCUGAUCCCGUCGUUUUCCAGUUCCUGCCUUCUCCGGAGAUGCGUUUUUCUUCCAACUCAAAGGUCGAAGCGUCUGUAGAUGACGGGGUGCAUUCUCCGGCGCGCGAUCGACGCACUGGCUAGCGAGCCUGACACGCUUCUGCCCGAUUGUUUCUGGGGAAAACGACUGGACAAGCCGUACACUCAAAAUGCAUCUGCAUGGAGUCAACGCUGACAGCACACGAACGAAUAUACAAAGAAAGAUACAGUCGCACACACAUCAGUCUAAACGCAUUUCUGCAUCUACGUAUUUGUGUAGAAAGAUGCUUUCUGCGUUUCUCUGAAAGGAAAACACACUUCUGUGAGGAAAAACAGAGGAGUUGGGACCAGCACUUCUGUACAGCAAGUUUGUCUCUCUUUCAGUUCUGCACCACGCAGUAGCUCCAGUGACGUGUUUCAGCUUUUCGGUGUCUGGAGACGUAAACGCAAACAGAAAACUUGGAAAACGGACUCGAGAAACCUGCAGAACAGCCCUCACAGGACUACGAAAGUCAAGAGACAGACAACGGAUCCUAAAAGACUUCCCUCACGGGGUUCCCCUUCCUUCUGUGCUUCCUCAUCACCAUAAUAUAUAUAUAUAUAUAUAACGUUCGGAGUCUCUUAUCUGCACCAGAAAAUAUAUAUAUAUAUAUAUAUACAUAUAUAUACGUAGAUAGAGGUACCAGGUAGAUGGCUACAACAUGAAGACGAGA